AGAAAGAGAGAGACAUGUUACAUUAAAUAUACAAUCUGUCCCGAUAACAAUUACAGAAUGUCUUCGACGAAGAAGGGAAACGUCUCGCUCGACGAAUUUUGUCGUGUCGUGUACGACGAAAUUGUCUCGCAAGAGCCGUUUGCAACUCGAUUCGCGAAAUUGUCCACGUCGGGCGACAGGCGAGGAAUGAUCGAGAUGCUCGUAGAAAUGCCCCGUGUAGCGGGCCUGAAACCGGGCGAUUCGUAUCAGGGUAAGAACGACGCGCGAGCCGCGCGAUUGUACGAAAAAUCGCUUAAAAUGACGGCGGCAGGAUCCGGGGACGAGCACGCGGAGAUUAAAACGUGUAAUAUUCUCACAAAAGCACUGUUUGCAGCCGGUGCGAACGGUAGAGUGUUUCUAGAUGCGCUCUGCGAGCGCGCUAGACGUUCCUACUGUCUGAACGCUUACGCGAGCUGUCUACGAGACUGCGAGUGCAUGCUGGCGCUUCCUGCGAGUUUCUAUGACGACUCCGCGGAAAACGUCAAGUACUUUGUGCAGCGUAGAAAAGAGUGCCUGCAGCUAGAACGGGAAUGCUCCCGGAAAUUGGAGGGGAACGCGUCUUUCAGGAAACACCGCGGAAGGACGUCCUAUUCCUCUUCCUCUUCUUUGUCGCUUGGAAAACGAAUCGCCGCGAUGCCCGUCGUCGACGGCAAGCCGCACGAUUGCCUCGCGAGUUGUUCAGAUAGCGUCGAACUGCGUCUUGACGAAGCAAGGGGCCGGCAUCUCGUAGCUGCAAGAGACAUCAGACCGGGUGCUGUACUCAUUGUCGAUCAGCCGUUUUCCUUUAGCACAGACGGACCGGCUCUCAGCAGGAAUUGCUUGUAUUGCCAUGCCACACUUAAAUUAGAAGACAGCGUUAAAAUCCCGUGCCGUAAUUGUCAAACAGUGUCUUUUUGCACGGAAACAUGUCGCAAGAAAGCGUGGGAAGCCUAUCAUCAAUACGAAUGCUCGGUAUUUGAUCAUUUCUUCGAAAAUUCCUCAAACGAUAGACGCCAGCAAACGGCGUCUUAUCUCUUACUAGCCUAUCGUACGACGGUUCUGCAAGCGUUAUCGCUACGAGACAACGUGGAAACGAAAUGCGUUUUGAAUCCUGAUUUCUUACGAUAUCACGCCAGUGAUAAAGGUUUCGACGACAUCGAUAAAGAAUACACAAAAUCAAAAUCGAGACGGAUAUACAAUCCUCUCGAUUACCGAACGGUAUUCCAGCUGGAGACUCAUUGCACCGAUGUAGAACCUAAUGUGAAUCUCAUUCGCACGAUUCAAGCGAUCUUCCUCGCAAAAUGCUUGCUCUCCGUUCUGAGUAAAUUAGAUGUUGAAGACUGUAUGAAGGAAAUAUUUGUUCCAUUGGCCGUGGCUAUGCUGCAUCAUUUGCAGGCGAUUAAUUGCAACGCGUACGAGAUUGUUGAGAAUGUUCACGAGGAAGUGACGCGCGUUUGGGAACCCAGGAAUAUCGGCGGUGCGAUUUACACCACAGUCAGUCUCGUGAAUCAUAGCUGCUAUCCCAAUGUAGUUCGCCAUUCUUAUCCCAGUGGAAUAGUCGUGGUCAGAGCGUUGCGCUUUAUCGGCAAAGGAUGCGAGAUACUCGAUUGCUAUGGACCUCAAUUCCUCAGCGAGAGUAGAAUGGCUAGACGCGAACUUUUAUGGAAGAAGUAUCGAUUUUUAUGCGAAUGCGACGCUUGCACGCAAGACUGGAAAUUUCCGCUGCCCGAGACAAUGUAUUACAAAUGUACAGCGUGUUUCGAACCAACAGAUAUCUCGGUGAUAAAUAUCAACAUUUCGCAGAAGGUGACAAAUCAACAAUGUACCAAGUGUCAAAAAAUGAUCGAAUUAAAAAAACUCGAGAAACAACUUCGUAAAUCGAUUCAAAAGAGAUUGAACGCUGUCGCUAAAAUAUAUCAGGGAAAUUACAAAGAUGCGAUCCCUUUGCUAUUUGAACACGUGUACUUUGUCAAUAAACACUUGGUUGAACCUAAUAUCGAAGGCAUCAAAACAGAACAAUGUAUCGUUCAGUGUUACAAUUCUCUCGGCUUGAUUUCUGUGUAAUAAUCUCUGAGUUUGCUUGUAACAGUCACUUAUUAUAAAUAGUUUAUUUAAAUAAUUACUAUAAGUGACUGUUACUUAAAUAGUAGUGAAAUAGUUAUUUUUUGUUGUCAGUUUCUUGCUUUUUACAUAGCAUUGUAAAAAGAUGCCAUGUAUAUAUUUCGCAUAAGAAUAUACUUUCAGCCACUUUAGAAAAGAUUUAUAAACAUAGAAAAACAGGAAAUGUUUAUGGCACAAUGUUCUUCAUUCUUAAGUGCAUUAUCAUUAAAGCAAUGCAAGAUUUAUAAUUAAGUAAUAAAGAAGCAUAUAAUUUCUGU